CAGAGCAAAGUAUUUUUAUACCUCUUACAUCUUGAAUCAUAAAGACCAAAUUUUUUUUAUAUUUUUUCGUUUUGUCGAUCAAAAUAUAAUCGGUUACAAUUUCAACACUUCUUCUACAGCAAAAUAACAUCAUGUCGCCUCCAGUUCGUGGUAAUAAGGCCUCAAAGCUGAGGUCCGAGGGAAAAGUUGAAAAGCCCGCACCCAUUGGUCCUUCUUGGCCGUCCACGAGAAAGGAAAAAUCGCAUCAACGGGUAAUCGAGUUGAACAAGGUGCGAGGCUUGGAGAUGCAGCACAAAAAACUGGAGAACUUGCAGUCGGAGUUCAUGCACAAAAUCCGCACGUUGGCACCCCAAAAGCUUCAAGGAGUCUACAAGUUUGUGGCCGAGGUGGUGAACGAGAAGUGCAAAGUCGUGGUUCACGCCGACGAUCUGCACCGAUUGCCCAAGAAUCUGCGUACUAAGGCCUCAAAGCUGAGGUCCGAGGGAAAAGUUGAAAAGACCGCACCCAUUGGUCCUUCUUGGCCGUCCUCGAGAAAGGAAAAAUCGCAUCACCGGGUAAACGAGUUGAACAUGGUGCGAGGCUUGGAGAUGCAGCACAAGAAGCUGGAGAACUUGCAGUCGAAGGUCAUGAACAAAAUCCGCAUCUUGGCACCCAAAAAACUUCAAGGAGUCUACAAGUUUGUGGCCUUGGUGGUGAACGAGAACUGCAAGGUCGUGGUCGCCGACGAUCUGCACCGAUUGCCCAAGAAUCUGCGGUCCAGUAUAUUUAAAGUCUAG